CUUGAUAAGUAGAAAUUGCCAAUUGAGAGUAAGUGCUGCUUGUGUUGAAUUUCAAAAUGGCUGCUAAAUUCCUGGUUCUAUUCGUGAUUGCUGCAGCGUUUACUCAAGGUCAUGCCUUAACGCAAAUCUUCCUCCCAGACGAAUCCUACACCUUCAUGACCAAUGAACUCAUUGGCAAGAGUCUGACUAUUCGCAAGUCUCCGUUUGACACUCUUUUACUCUGCGAGGUCGUCUAUCCCGAUGGAAAGUCCUACGAAGCUUACCCUAACAACAACAUGCCCAAAGGUCCCAUCUCCUUCUUGUUCGCCGUUCAGCCUUUCACCAGCUGCAGCAUCGGUUUCUUAGGAGCUAGCGUGUCUCACAGUGGAUCAUAUGAACUCAGUUCUAUCGUACGACACAGAGCCGACGACAGCUUGAGCCUCACAGUCCAGAGAUUCCAUUUGACACUCUUUGAAAGCAGCUGGACGAAUUAAGUGGCUGAAGAAUCUCUUAGAGGCACACAAAAAAAUAUUCCAAUUGAGAACAAAAGAGCAAAACGUGUGUAACGAAUGAAACAAUAAAAGUCACUUCGAUAUUUCAA